AAUUUUGUGUUUCUAGUUCAGCUUUGGUCACCCGAAAUAUUUACCUCAAAGAGGUGUAUUAUUUGAUACUUACAUUUCUGCCCAUGACUGUAUGCCUAUGUGAAAGCUGCUUUGCAGGAGCAACAGCAUUCAGUUUCAAGAGAAUAAUCGACGAGACAAGUGGUGAAUUGUCAGCGCAUAGUCGUCUGUGGUGAAGUGCUGGUAUUGAAUAUUGGCAGCUUAUUCAUCGCAAGUCGACAAUUGGGUUUUCAACCAAAUAAUAAACCUCUGAUAUAAGGCGACACUAAUUCAAAUGAUACGUAUUGCACAGGAACUUCUAUAUCAUCAACAUUGAAAGUCCAAGUGCCGAAUUUUAUGGUGGAGAGAAUAUAAACAGCUAGAAAUAAAAUGGCUGAAGCCGAAGGAGGCUCGGAGCAGGACGACGUUUCAUUUUUGCGAACGGAAGAUAUGGUUUGCCUCUCAUGUACAGCAACGGGAGAACGCGUUUGUCUAGCAGCUGAAGGAUUUGGUAACCGGCACUGCUUUUUGGAGAAUAUCGCCGACAAAAAUGUGCCACCUGAUCUAUCACAAUGCGUUUUCGUAAUCGAGCAGGCAUUGUCAGUGCGUGCGUUACAAGAACUUGUUACUGCAGCAGGGUCCGAAACUGGCAAAGGUACUGGAUCCGGUCACAGAACUUUGCUUUAUGGAAAUGCGAUACUCUUACGGCAUCACAAUAGUGAUAUGUAUUUGGCCUGCCUGUCUACCUCUUCUUCGAACGACAAAUUGUCUUUCGACGUGGGAUUGCAAGAACACAGCCAAGGUGAAGCUUGCUGGUGGACAGUGCAUCCAGCAAGUAAACAAAGAUCUGAAGGUGAGAAAGUGCGAGUAGGCGAUGAUUUGAUUUUAGUCUCGGUGGCCACAGAACGGUAUUUGCACACAACCAAGGAAAACGAACAGUCCAUUGUAAAUGCCAGUUUUCACGUAACGCAUUGGUCAGUACAGCCUUAUGGUACCGGUAUUUCGCGUGUGAAAUAUGUCGGAUAUGUUUUUGGCGGCGAUGUCUUGCGCUUUUUUCACGGCGGGGAUGAAUGUUUAACUAUACCGAGUACAUGGGGCCGUGAAGCAGGACAAAAUAUCGUUGUAUAUGAAGGUGGAUCAGUAAUGUCGCAAGCUCGCUCCCUAUGGCGGCUGGAGUUAGCCCGGACUAAAUGGACCGGAGGUUUUAUUAAUUGGUAUCAUCCGAUGCGUAUACGCCAUAUUACCACUGGCCGAUAUUUAGGCGUCAAUGAGAAUAACGAACUAAUUUUGCUAAAAAAAGAAGAAGCAUCAAUUGCGUCAACGACUUUCUGCCUCAGGCAGGAAAAGGACGAUGAAAAAAAAGUACUUGAAGAUAAAGAUCUCGAGGUCAUAGGCGUGCCUAUCAUAAAGUACGGUGAUACCACUGUCAUUGUGCAACAUUGCGAGUCCAGCCUAUGGCUAAGCUACAAAAGUUAUGAAACCAAAAAAAAAGGUGUAGGCAAAGUAGAAGAAAAGCAAGCCAUUUUACAUGAAGAAGGAAAAAUGGAUGAUUGUCUGGACUUUUCCCGUUCGCAGGAGGAGGAGUCGAAAACUGCACGUGUUAUACGCAAAUGCAGCAGCCUUUUCACACAAUUUAUUAAUGCUUUAGAAACACUGCAGUCCAAUCGGCGUCACUCAAUAUUCUUUCAAAAGGUCAAUCUAAAUGAGAUGGUCAUGUGCCUUGAAGAUUUAAUCAACUAUUUCUCCCAACCAGAGGAUGAUAUGGAGCAUGAAGAAAAGCAAAAUCGGUUUAGAGCGCUCAGAAAUCGGCAAGACCUUUUCCAAGAAGAAGGAGUGCUCAAUCUAAUCCUAGAAGCUAUCGAUAAAAUUAACGUGAUCACUUCGCAAGGAUUUUUGGCAAGUUUUUUGGCUGGCGAUGAGACUGGUCAAAGCUGGGACUUGAUAUCGACAUAUCUUUAUCAACUAUUGGCCGCUAUUAUCAAGGGAAACCAUACUAAUUGUGCACAGUUUGCCAACAGUAACCGUUUAAAUUGGUUAUUUUCGCGGUUGGGCUCACAAGCAUCCAGUGAGGGCUCAGGUAUGUUGGAUGUAUUACACUGCGUACUCAUUGAUUCACCAGAAGCAUUGAACAUGAUGCGUGACGAGCAUAUCAAAGUUAUUAUCUCGUUACUGGAAAAACAUGGUCGAGACCCUAAAGUUCUCGAUGUAUUGUGUUCUCUUUGUGUUGGCAAUGGUGUGGCAGUUCGGUCAUCGCAAAAUAAUAUUUGCGACUUUCUAUUGCCUGGAAAAAAUUUAUUGCUGCAAACCCAGUUGGUCGAUCAUGUAGCUAGCAUACGUCCCAAUAUUUUUGUCGGGCGCGUAGAUGGUUCCGCAAUGUACCAAAAAUGGUACUUUGAAGUCACUAUGGACCAUAUUGAACAAACCACUCACAUGAUGCCACAUUUAAGAAUAGGUUGGGCUAACACUUCUGGGUAUGUUCCAUAUCCGGGAGGCGGGAAAAAAUGGGGAGGAAACGGCGUGGGUGAUGACCUUUAUUCCUUUGGCUUCGACGGUGCUUACUUAUGGACAGGUGGACGACGUACUUUGAUUGUGAAUCAUUUACCUGAGGAGCCAUUUAUACGAAAGGGAGAUGUUAUUGGGGUUACAAUCGAUCUUUCAAUACCAAUCAUUACAUUUUCUUUUAACGGCAAUAAAGUUCGAGGCUGCUUCCGAGAUUUUAAUUUGGAUGGGAUGUUUUUCCCAGUUAUGAGUUGUUCCUCAAAACUAAGUUGCCGCUUUCUAUUUGGCGGAGACCAUGGGCGCCUAAAAUUUUCUCCACCAAUAGGGUUUUCCCCCCUGGUACAAUGUUUGAUGCCACAUCAAAAUCUAAGCUUAGAUCCAUGUUUUUACUUUGGAAACUUGUAUAAGAAUGUUUUGGCCGGACCAUGGCUUAUUGAAGAUGAUACCGCCUUUGUACCUAAUCCGGUUGAUACAUCUGGUGUAAUGCUUCCUUCUUCCGUUGAUCAGAUAAAAGAAAAGCUAGCAGAAAACAUACAUGAAAUGUGGGCUUUGAACAAAAUAGAGGCUGGAUGGUCUUGGGGGGAGCAUAGAGAUGAUUACCACCGAAUACAUCCAUGUCUUACACAUUUUGAGAAACUCCCAUCACCGGAACGUCGCUACGAUAGCCAACUGGCUGUACAAACUCUCAAGACUAUUAUAGCCUUAGGUUACUAUAUUACUAUGGAUAAACCUCCUGCCCGGAUUCGUCCUAUUCGUUUGCCAAAUGAGAUCUUUAUGCAAGCUAAUGGAUAUAAGCCCGCACCUCUAGAUCUUAGUGCAGUUACAUUAUCUCCUAAACUGGAGGAAUUAGUAGAUCAGUUGGCUGAAAACACACACAAUCUCUGGGCUCGUGAGCGCAUUCAACAAGGCUGGACUUAUGGGCUAAAUGAAGACUCCGAAAACCAUAGAAGUCCACACUUAGUUCCCUACUCAAAAGUCGAUGAAGCAAUUAAAAAAGCAAAUCGAGAUACAGCUUCAGAAACAGUGCGGACGCUCUUAGUUUAUGGAUAUGUAUUGGAUCCUCCCACAGGUGAAGGUAAUGAAGCCUUAUUAGCUGAAGCACAACGGCUGAAAUUCGCUGCAUUCCGCACUUAUCGGGUUGAACGAAAUUAUGCCGUAACUAGUGGCAAAUGGUACUUUGAGUUCGAAGUUCUCACAGCUGGACCGAUGCGUGUGGGGUGGGCUAGGGCGGAUUGCCAUCCUGGAACCAUGUUAGGCAGCGACGAUUCUAGUUGGGCGUUUGACGGGCAUAACGUUACUAAGAUGCACGGUGGAUCCGUGGAACACUUCGGUGUUCGGUAUGAGGCAGGUGACGUUAUUGGUUGUUUUAUCGAUGUCAUGGAGCGAACCAUCAGUUUUUCCCUUAACGGCGAGCUUCUUAUGGACGCCCUAGGUGGCGAAACAACCUUUGCAGAUGUGACUGCUGAAGGAGUAGGAUUUGUACCUGCCUGUACUUUGGGCGUAGGGCAGAAAGCACGAUUAAUAUACGGGCAGGACGUAGAUUCCCUAAAGUUUUUUACUACCUGUGGUCUUCAAGAGGGCUAUGAACCAUUUUGUGUAAAUAUGCGUCGCCCGGUUACUCAUUGGUAUACAAAAGAUCAACCCGUCUUUGAAAACACUGAGGAGAUGCCAGAUUGUAGAAUAGAUGUUACACGUAUACCAGGAGGUGCGGACACACCACCCCAUUUAAAAAUUUCUCAUAAUACUUUUGAAACCAUGGAGAAGGCUAAUUGGGAAUUUUUGCGUCUAUCUCUCCCUGUCACUUGUAUGAGCGAGUUCGUGAGUGAAAAUGAAAAGGCUCGAAGAUGGGAAGAAAUUAAAAUACGGCAGUACCGGUUACAACGCGAAGCUCAAGAUUUAGCUAACCAACAGCAAACGGCUGCAAAUGUGGAUCAUAUGCUUAAGGGUGGUUUUACUAUGAGCGAUAUAAAAAAUCUUAAUCAAAAUUUUGAAGACACAGCAGAAGCGGAUGAACAUCUGGCACGGAGUCCCGCAAGACCUCCUCGUAAAAACUCCUUGACGCGCAAUAUUACAUUCGAGUCAGACUACUCGAAUGAUAUGAGAGGAUCAACAGAUAUGGCAAACGGCCUCAAUGGAAUAAAUGGAACUGACGAGUUAGUCGACGAUAAGAAAAAACGCGGUAGAAGUCCGUUUAAGUUCUUCUCAAAGAAAUCACGUGAUCAAAGUAGAGAUAAAACGAGCGGUCGCAACCAGGAGACAUCGCUUGAACGGAGAAAUACUGUCGCACACGGCCGCAAUGUUAUUAAUGCACAAAUGACUACGAAAACACCAACGUUGCGCUUGAAUAACACCGAAAUGCCAGCUACUCCUAUGCCACAAGGACCUAAACAGCUAACCUCUACCACGUUGGGCCAACCCCCAAUAGAAGCAUCUGGAAACGAGUUAUUUGACGCAGAUUGCUUGAAGCUUAUAAAUGAGUAUUUUUACGGAGUGCGGAUCUUCCCUGGACAAGACCCUACUCAUGUGUAUGUGGGUUGGGUCACAACACAAUAUCACCUUCAUAGUAAGGAGUUCAACAAAUCGAAAGUACGUUGCGGCUCGGUUAUUAUUGAGGAUGAAUAUGAAGCAGUCAUGGAACGCAUUGAUCGUCAGAGCUGUUAUGUUGUAAGGGCUGAUGAACUUUUUAAUGAAGUAACGCAAGAUUCUUCCGGAAAGGGCGCCUCCCAGGGAAUGUUUAUUGGAUGUUUUGUGGACACAUCUACUGGUAUAAUUCGGUUUACGUGCGAGGGAAAAGAAACAUCUCACCGCUGGAUGAUGGAACCAGAUACGAAGCUUUUCCCAGCGAUUUUUGUGGAAGCAACCAGUAAAGAAAUAUUGCAAAUUGAAUUGGGGCGCACAUCUACGACUUUACCUCUAUCUGCUGCUGUAUUGCCUACAAGUGAUAAACACAUAAAUCCUCAGUCGCCUCCUCGUCUUAAAGUUCAAUGUCUCAGGCCUCACCAAUGGGCACGUGUCCCAAAUACUGCUCUUCAAGUACAUGCUCUUAAACUUUCCGAUAUCAGGGGUUGGUCUAUGCUAUGCGAAGAUCCUGUGUCAAUGCUGGCGCUUCACAUACCAGAAGAAGAUCGCUGCAUUGACAUUUUGGAAUUAAUAGAAAUGGAUAAAUUACUAUCAUUUCACGCCCAUACACUCACGUUAUAUGCUGCUCUUUGCUAUCAAUCUAACUAUCGUGCUGCUCAUGCUCUUUGCCAACAUGUUGAUCAAAAACAACUUCUUUAUGCUAUAAGGUCAGAAUAUAUGAGCGGACCUUUACGUCAAGGCUUUUAUGAUCUGUUGAUUGCCCUUCAUUUGGAAUCCCACGCUACCACUAUGGAAGUAUGUAAAAAUGAGUACAUAACUCCAUUAGGAACUGAGCUAAAAGAACUAUACAAUGAUGAAGAAAUGUGCCACUCAUUACGAUCACUCGUAACAGAAUCUGUGCGUCCACAAAUGCGAAUGACUGAGAUAACAUCCCCUGUAUGUAUCCAAACAUCUAGUUUACCAAGUGUUUCCAGUGAACCGAUACCCAACAUCGAUCAGCUUUACUCUCCGAAAUUUCCGCUGGAAAUAGUAAGGGAAUUCGUAAUGGAGGCAUUAAAGGAAGCGGUUGAAGUAAAUCAGGUGCACAAUCGAGAUCCUAUUGGGUGGACUAACGAAAACUUAUUUCUUCCUCUUAUUAAGCUUACAGAUCGUUUACUAUUAGUUGGUGUACUAACAGAUGAAGAUGUACAGAAAUUACUGAUAAUGAUUGAUCCGGAAACAUGGGAUAAUACGUUCGAAAAAGAUGGCAAAGAUGAACAUCGGAAGGGAUUGUUAACAAUGAAAAUGGCAGAAGGCGCUAAACUUCAGAUGUGUUAUCUUCUCCAUCAUCUUUAUGAUAUACAACUUAGGCAUCGAGUUGAAAGUAUCAUAUCCUUUUCCCAUGAUUUUGUUGGUGAUUUGCAAGCAGAUCAACUUAGACGGUAUAUUGAAAUAAAACAAUCAGAUCUGCCUAGUGCUGUUGCUGCUAAAAAAACUAAAGAAUUCCGUUGCCCGCCUAGAGAACAGAUGAAUCAAAUAUUGUGUUUUAAGAAUCUCGAAUCAGAUGAUCAGGAAAAUUGCACCUGUGGUUUGGACUUAAGGAGCAGGUUGUAUGACUUUCAUGAUAGCCUCAUGAAAAAGGUGUCCCUUAAUGCUUUACAAGAGCCCGAUGAAGUCGACAGCAACGCCAUUGAGGAAGUAAAAACAGGACCAAUUACGAAGAUUUAUAACUUUAUAAAUACAGUAAAAGAACUCGAAGAAGGACCAAAGGAAGUUGAAGAACCAGAAAAGAAAACUCCCGAGGAGGUUUUCCGCAAAGUGUUAAUAAAAACUAUUGUUAGCUGGGCUGAAGAAUCACAAAUAGAAAAUCCAAAGCUUGUAAGAGAGAUGUUCAGCUUAUUGGUCCGUCAAUAUGACACCGUUGGCGAGCUGGUUCGAGCCCUUGGUAAAACUUAUGUCAUCAACAACAGAGCUAGGGAUGAUGUGGCGGAAAUGUGGGUAGGCUUAAGCCAAAUUCGUGCUUUGCUUCCAGUACAAAUGAGUCAAGAAGAGGAAGAACUUAUGAGGAAGCGACUUUGGAAAUUAGUAAAUAAUGCGACCUUCUUUCAACAUCCUGACCUUAUACGAAUAUUAAGGAUUCAUGAGAACGUAAUGGCUGUUAUGAUGAAUACGUUGGGACGCCGGGCACAGGCACAAAGUGACGCUCCAUCACAAACCGAAGGUGUAGAAGGAGCGCCACCAAAAGAAAAAGACACCUCUCAUGAAAUGGUUGUUGGUUGCUGUCGUUUUCUAUGUUAUUUUUGUAGAACAGGCCGUCAGAAUCAAAAGGCCAUGUUUGAUCACUUCGAUUUUCUAUUGGACAAUGCCAAUAUUUUGUUGGCACGGCCCAGCUUGCGGGGUUCCACUCCUUUAGAUGUGGCAUAUUCAAGUUUGAUGGAGAACACAGAAUUGGCUCUAGCACUUAGAGAACAUUAUUUAGAGAAAAUCGCAGUUUAUCUGUCCAGAUGCGGAUUGCAGAGCAAUUCGGAGUUGGUGGAAAAGGGGUAUCCAGAUCUGGGAUGGGAUCCGGUAGAAGGAGAACGUUAUCUGGACUUCCUUCGUUAUUGUGUAUGGGUGAAUGGCGAAAGUGUUGAGGAGAACGCAAACCUUGUCAUUCGUCUUCUUAUCCGACGUCCAGAAUGCUUAGGGCCGGCUCUAAGAGGAGAAGGGGAAGGUCUAUUUCGCGCAAUAGUCGAAGCAAAUCGCAUGUCCGAACGCAUUGCGGAUAGAUGCAAUAUGCAAGAUGAGGCAGAGGGCACAAUUGCUGGCUUAAAUUUCACACAUCCAUUGCCAGAAGGAGAUGAAGAUGAAGACUAUAUUGAUACAGGCGCAGCGAUUCUUAACUUUUAUUGUACACUUGUGGAUCUUCUUGGCAGAUGUGCACCCGAUGCUUCCGUUAUUGAGCAGGGUAAAAACGAAUCACUGAGGGCUAGAGCUAUUUUGAGAUCUCUGGUGCCACUGGAGGACCUUCAAGGUGUCUUAAGUUUAAAAUUUACACUGACGCAAACGGCGCCAGGAGAAGAAAAACCCAAGUCUGAUAUGCCAUCAGGACUUCUGCCAAACAAUAAACAGAGCAUAGUUCUGUUCCUGGAGCGAGUUUACGGUAUUGAAAAUCAAGACCUAUUUUACCGUUUGCUAGAAGAUGCUUUUCUUCCCGAUUUACGAACCGCCACUAUUCUUGAUAAGAGUGAUGGUUCUGAAAGUGACAUGGCCCUUUCGAUGAACCGGUAUAUCGGCAACUCAAUACUGCCUCUACUCAUAAAACAUUCAAAGUUUUACAACGAGGCCGAGAAUUAUGCCAGCCUCUUGGAUGCAACGUUGCACACUGUGUAUAGAUUAUCUAAGAACCGUAUGCUCACGAAGGGCCAGAGAGAGGCAGUUUCAGAUUUCUUGGUAGCCCUUACAUCCCAGAUGCAACCUGCUAUGUUACUGAAACUUUUACGCAAGUUGACGGUUGAUGUUUCCAAAUUAUCCGAGUACACAACUGUAGCGUUAAGACUCCUUACUCUGCACUUUGAUCGGUGUGCAAAAUAUUAUGGCUCUUCUCAAGGUCAAGGUUCAUACGGCGCAUCAUCAGAUGAAGAAAAACGAUUGACAAUGCUCCUGUUUUCCAAUAUUUUUGAUUCUCUCAGUAAUAUGGAUUACGAUCCUGAAUUAUUUGGAAAAGCAUUACCUUGUUUGAUAGCUAUUGGCUGUGCUCUGCCACCUGAUUAUAGUUUAUCGAAAAAUACGGAUGAGGACUACUACGGCCGGCAGUCCGGUGCACCAGAUCAACCACAAUAUGACCCUCAGCCCAUUGACACCGACCAAGUGCAAUUGAACAACGACCUCGAAACCCUGGUGCAGAAAUUUAGUGAGCAUUACCACGAUGCCUGGGCUAGUCGCCGAUUGGAGAGUGGAUGGUCUUAUGGGGAAAUACGUUCCGACAAUGACCGCAAGCAUCCACGUCUUAAGCCAUACAACAUGUUAAGCGAUUAUGAACGUGAACGGUACCGAGAUCCUGUAAGGGAAUGUUUAAAAGCUCUAGUUUCUAUUGGUUGGCGCAUUGAACAGUCGGAUAUCGACGUCCCACUUAAUCACCGUGGAUCCACCCGACGUCAAUCCAAGCCACAAAUCAAUGAAAGUAGCCCGUUUAACUACAACCCACAUCCAGUUGACAUGACAAAUUUAACGCUGAGUAGAGAAAUGCAAAAUAUGGCAGAGCGUCUAGCUGAAAACUCGCAUGAUAUAUGGGCUAAAAAGAAAAAAGAGGAGUUGAACUCUUGUGGCGGAAUUAUACAUGCACAGCUGGUUCCAUAUGACCUGUUGACAGAUAAAGAAAAACGCAAAGACCGUGAACGUUCACAGGAAUUCUUAAAAUAUAUGCAAUAUCAAGGCUAUAAAUUACACAAGCCCUCUAAGGGAGGCGUUACUGAAGGUGAAGGAGGAGCCACUCAGGCAGCUGUGGAACUUCGUUUCUCAUACUCACUUCUCGAAAAGCUUAUACAAUACUUGGAUCGAGCUACAAUCAAUAUGAAGCUACUUAAGCCAUCAACGACAUUUAGUAGAAGAUCUUCCUUCAAAACAGCUUCUCGGGAUAUUAAAUUCUUUUCUAAAGUAGUACUCCCUCUAAUGGAAAAGUAUUUCUCCACACAUCGUAACUAUUUUGUUGCAAUGGCAACAGCAACUAACAUAACAGGAGCAGCAUCUUUAAAAGAAAAGGAAAUGGUUGCAUCAAUAUUUUGCAAGUUGGCAUCGCUUCUGCGGAAUCGUCUCAGUGCUUUUGGACCGGAUGUAAGAAUUACUGUCAGAUGCCUUCAAGUAUUGGUAAAGGGCAUAGAUGCUAAAACUCUGGUAAAAAACUGCCCAGAGUUCAUAAGAACUUCUAUGUUAACAUUUUUCAAUCAAACUGCUGAUGAUCUUGGUAAUACUAUUCUUAACUUACAAGAGGGCAAAUAUAGUCAUCUUCGGGGCACCCACCUUAAGACGUCAACUUCGUUAGGCUAUGUCAACCAAGUGGUACUGCCUGCGUUAACAGCCAUGUUUGAUCAUUUAGCCGCUUGUGACUAUGGCAGUGAUCUUCUUUUGGACGAGAUACAAGUGGCUUCAUACAAAAUAUUAGCGGCUUUAUACCACCUCGGUACUGAUGGGACACUAACACAUGAUCGCAAAUAUCUUAAAACCGAAAUAGAGAGACAUAGACCUGCUCUGGGCUCGUGCUUAGGUGCAUUUAGCUCCUGCUUCCCUGUAGCUUUCUUAGAACCACAUCUCAACAAGCAUAAUCAAUAUUCUCUACUUAAUCGUAUUGCAGAUCAUUCAUUAGAAGCCCAAGAUAUAAUGGUGCGAAUGGAAAGUUGCAUGCCCAACUUAGAAGCUAUUCUUGGAGAGGUUGACCUCUUUGUUGAAUCGGAAAAAACAUAUACCGAUGCACCGCAUAUAAUAGAUGUUAUCCUACCCUUACUUUGUGCCUACCUUCCCUUUUGGUGGGCACAGGGACCAGAUAACGUAAGCCCCACUAGUGGUAAUCAUGUUACCAUGGUUACUGCAGACCAUAUGAACUCACUUUUACGUAACGUUUUGAAAAUGAUCAAGAAGAAUAUUGGGAAUGAUAAUGCACCCUGGAUGACAAGAAUCGCUGCAUAUACACAGCAAAUAAUAAUUAAUACCUCCGAAGAGUUGUUAAAGGAUCCAUUCCUUCCGCUAGCAGAACGUGUAAAGAAACGGACAGAAAACAUGUUUCACAAAGAAGAGAGUAUGCGCGGCUUUAUUAAAUCAGCUACGGACGACACCUCCCAAGUUGAAACCCAGUUGCAAGAAGAUUGGCAACUACUUGUCCGUGAUAUUUAUUCGUUUUACCCACUUCUUAUUAAAUAUGUCGACUUGCAGCGAAAUCAUUGGCUUAAAGACAACAUACCUGAAGCUGAGGACCUCUACAACCAUGUUGCUGAAAUAUUCAACAUAUGGUCUAAAAGUCAAUACUUUUUAAAGGAGGAGCAAAAUUUCAUUUCGACCAACGAAAUCGACAACAUGGCGCUUAUUAUGCCAACAGCAACAAGACGAUCUGCUAUUACUGAAGGAGCUCCGGUAACUGGAGGCAAAGUUAAAAAGAAGAAGAAAAACAGAGAUAAGAAACGUGAUAAAGAUAAGGAGGUUCAGGCCAGUCUAAUGGUAGCUUGUUUGAAGCGUUUGCUUCCAGUUGGUUUAAAUUUAUUUGCUGGUCGGGAGCAGGAACUCGUGCAACAUUGCAAAGAUCGCUAUUUAAAAAAAAUGCAAGAGUAUGAUGUCAUCGAAUUUGCAAGAAAUCAGUUAACAUUGCCUGACAAAUUGGACCCCUCAGAUGAAAUGUCAUGGCAACACUAUCUCUACUCAAAAUUAGGUAAACGAGAGGAACUUGCAGAUGAACAAUCACUUGAAAAGGCCUCAAAUCAAAAUGAUAAGAACAAAGACAAAACGCAGGAAACUGUCGACCGAAUAGUAGCCAUGGCCAAAGUACUUUUCGGAUUGCAUAUGGCAUCACGUCCUAAGCAAAGAAGCAAACGUUGGAAUUCGAAAAUUACAUUGGCCCGACGCCAGGCAGUCAUAUCCAGCUUACGCGCUAUACAUCUCUAUCGCAUGAGCAGACAUCGGGCUUGCAAUAUUUUUGCGCGAUCUUACUACGAACAAUGGCUUCAGGAAGAAAAUGUAGGCCAAGAGGUAAUGAUUGAAGAUUUGACACAAACGUUUGAGGAAUCGGAGAAAUCGAAGAAAGACGAAGAAGAGUCCGAAGGUAAGCCAGAUCCUCUAACGCAAUUGGUUACCACGUUCUGUAGAGGGGCCAUGACCGAAAGGAGUGGAGCUUUGCAAGAGGACUUGCUCUACAUGUCAUACGCACAAAUAGCCGCAAAGUCUUGUGGAGAAGAAGAAGAAGAAGGUGGUGAUGAAGAAGGAGGCGGAGAGGGUGGGGAAGAAGGCGCUAGCAUACAUGAGCAAGAAAUGGAGAAACAAAAACUUUUAUUCCACCAAGCGCGGCUUUCAAACCGAGGCGUAGCGGAAAUGGUGCUUCUUCAUAUAUCCGCAUCAAAAGGUGUGCCCUCAGAAAUGGUCAUGACAACUUUAAAUUUGGGCAUAGCAAUACUACGCGGUGGCAACAUAGAUAUUCAAAUGGGAAUGCUCAAUCACUUAAAGGAGAAAAAAGAUGUGGGCUUCUUCACAUCCAUUGCUGGACUUAUGAAUUCUUGUAGUGUACUAGAUUUGGAUGCAUUCGAACGCAAUACGAAAGCAGAAG